CUGAGUCGUGGAACGCACAGGAAGUUGUGCACUGAAACCUGCUGGAGACAUGCGGGGUUGGUUAGCGGGCGGACCGUCCUCUGCCGUGGAGCAUGAAGAGUUGGAAUAAGCAUUAGCCGCCUUCAUCUCCAUCAGCCGCCGAAAUGCCGUUUGGUGAUUUUCUAGCGGCCCUGAAGGACAAUCCUUACUUCGGUGCCGGGUUCGGCCUGGUCGGGGUGGGCACGGCAUUGGCUUUGGCUCGUAAAAGUGCCCAGAUCGGCAUGGUGGCCUUCAGGAGACACUACAUGAUAACGCUGGAAGUGCCCAGCAGAGACAAGAGCUACCAGUGGCUUCUGAACUGGAUCUCUCACUAUGCCAAGAACACGCAGCAUCUCAGCGUGGAAACCUCGUACCUGCAGCACGAGAGCGGACGGAUCAGCACCAAAUUCGACUUCGUUCCAAGUCCUGGAAACCACUUCAUUUGGUAUCGAAGAAAAUGGAUCCGCAUUGAGAGGAAUCGCGAGAAGCAGAUGCUUGACCUGAACACGGGGAUCCCCUGGGAGUCCGUCACCUUCACUGCCUUCGGGACCAAUCGGAAUAUUUUCUUUAACAUUCUGCAGGAAGCCAGGGAGCUGGCUUUGCAUGAACAGGAAGGUAAAACCAUAAUGUACGCAGCAAUGGGGGCGGAAUGGCGGCAGUUCGGCUUCCCUCGGCGCAGGCGUCCGUUGACCUCGGUAGUUCUGGAAGAAGGAGUUGCAGAGAAGAUUAUCCAAGACGUGAAAGGAUUUAUUGAUAACCCCAAGUGGUACAGCGAUCGAGGGAUCCCUUAUAGAAGAGGUUACCUGCUCUACGGACCUCCAGGGUGCGGAAAAAGCAGUUUUAUCACGGCCCUCGCCGGAGACCUGGAGUACAGUAUCUGUCUGAUGAGUCUCAGUGACAGCAGCCUCUCCGAUGACCGCUUGAACCACCUGCUGAGUGUGGCCCCGCAGCAGAGCAUUAUCCUUUUAGAAGACGUGGACGCUGCGUUUGUCAGUCGAGAUCUGGGCAAGCAAAAUCCAAUUGCUUAUCAGGGCAUGGGGCGUCUGACCUUCAGCGGCCUGCUAAACGCAUUGGAUGGCGUGGCUUCCACAGAAGCUCGAAUAGUGUUCAUGACAACCAAUCAUAUUGACAGAUUAGACCCGGCGCUGAUCCGGCCGGGCCGCGUGGACGUGAAGCAGUACGUGGGGCAUUGCACGCGCUGGCAGCUGUCCCAGAUGUUCCUUCGUUUCUACCCGGAUCAAACGCCCUCGUCAGCCGAGGAAUUCGCAAAAGCAGCUUUACUGUCCACAGAUAAGAUAAGUGCGGCCCAAGUGCAAGGACACUUCAUGAUGUAUAAAACUGAUCCCGAAGCCGCCAUAGCAAAUGCUAACUCUUUGAUUGUGUGAAGUCCGCUUAAUAUGUUCCUGCGUUCCCGGGGUCUACUAGGCAUCCGGCGCCGUGUUCCGCUGGGAGAUUCUGGAUUGUACGAGGGUUCAUACUUUCUCUGGUGCCUCAUAAUGAGGUUUAAGAUAGGGCUAUAUAUUUAUAUAUAUAUAUGGUUUUAAAAUGAACACUGGUGUGCCCGGUCUGGUGAGUUCAACCGUAUUCUGUGAGAAUGCUGCGCUGGCUUCCCUGUUUUAUAAUCCACACUGUGUUAUAUUUAAAAAAAAAAUGACCUCAUAAAUCAGGAUAAUGUCUACUAUAAUAUGAAAACACAUGUUUAUAAAGAUGACUUUUAUUGUCCUGUAAAAAUAAGACAAUGAAACAGUAAAACAGAAAUUAAAAAAAUA